UUAUUUCACUGUUAGAAAACGUAUUAGGAAGAAACAACACACAGGUGUACCGGAUAAUCAGUUUCACGGUGACAUGUUUCGCUACACAUGUAGGUGUGUGUACUCUCUACAUGUGUAUGAUUGUGAACUACAAGUGUGUGACGUCUACUGACAGUUGCCUCCAGGAAAUGACAAACACAAGGGAUGAGGCCUACACGAUAGUUUACAGUAGUACCACAGGCCCUUAAACGACGGUAUUACCAAAUACAUUGUUGUUUAUAGGUUUACCGUGCAUAGGGAAGUUGAGGCACGUUGAACUGGAGUGUAAAUUAUUUACCUGAGUUCGUCAAUAAGCAAGCCAUGCCCGUGCUAGGCCGACCUUCCAAGAGGUCCAGUGGCGGGAAACAUCCACGCCAGACGAUAGAGCGACUACGAGAAGACACGCGUAAGAGUGUUUGGUAUGUCUUUGAUACACUCUCCAAUAUAUCCACUGGCAAGGUCAUGAAGUCACAACUCAAGGUCCUGAUGUCGACAAUCGGCUUCGUACUGUCUAUGGAAAAGGCAGAGGAGAUACUGAACAAGGAGAAUAGCACAAAUGAUUUAUCAUACCUAGAAUUUAUCAAAAUCCUUGAGGAGGAAGUGUUUAGCAAGGUGGACAAUAACACUUUAGAGAAACUCAAUCUGACUGACAAUGACCUUGAGGAAGUACAUCGGAAUUGUUGGGUGUUAUACUUCAAAGUCAAAAAAGAACCCAAGGGAUCCAUGGAAAAUCUAAAGGCUCUCCCCGAGGAGGCCUGCUACAAAUUGUGGAGAGUGUACAAUUUCCUAGCCGAGGAAGACGAUGAAGGCAUGCCUCUUCUGCCUAUUCAAAUUCACGCCGAGGAGGCUAAACACAUCGUGGAAUCUUUUGUAGGCAGUACAGGCCAAGUAACGUUAUUAGCAAAAAUUGACGACGCAAUCAAUUCGUAUUCACUGCAUGAUGAAAUGUCCUUCCAAACAUUUGAGAAUAUGAUUGUAAACCGUUUCACGACAGACUUGACAGAUACAGCCAUCAAGCAAGCAACCAAAGAACUAUUCCAACAAUAUGUCAGUGAUACAAUGAUAAAGGGUAUGCUAUGUAAGCGAGGAUACCAGGUAAAGAGCUGGAAAGACCGAUGGAUGGUACUCAGCACAAGACAGCUUACAUAUUACACUGCCCCAGAUGAACGAGAGAGGAAAGGUGACAUCAAACUCGACCACGACUGUAAAGUUGAGGUAAUAGCGGAUGCUGGUGUAAAAUCUGGUUCUCGGCCGAACAGAUUCGUGCUAAAAACUUCAGCCAAACCGUAUGAAAUGAGCGCCCACGAUGUCAAGACUAGGAAUGACUGGAUGACAGCCUUACAGAAAGCUAUAGACAAAUGUUCGGAUGGGAACUAUCAUUUUCACAAAACAGAGGCAAUGGAGCGUCAAAAGGUACGCCGGGACGGCCGUCGGAAAAAAGAAGAAGAGGAACGUCGGCGGAAAGAGGAGGAAGAAUCACUGCAAAAAAUGAAGGACCUGCUCAGAGAUAAACAAGACGAAGAAGAAAAACAAAACCUACGGCACUUUGAAGAAAUGGAAAUAGCCAGAUUGAAACUAGAAGAGGAAGAAAAGCAAAGACUGAAACACUUGGAGGAGCUAGAAAUGGCCAAAAAGAACCAGUUACUUCUGGAAGAAAGACUGCAGGCAGAGGAGGCUCUGAGGAAGCAGGAACAGCAGAGACUGAGGGACCUAGAGGAAAUAAAGAAAGCAUUAGAGAAACUCUUGGAGGAGGAAAGACAGGCAAAGCGAGAUGAGGAGAUCGUACGGGCACUGCAGGCUAGGUUACUGGACGAGGAGAUGGAGAAGAGAGAGGAACUGGAAACGUUACGUCGGGAACAGGAUGAGCUCCUUAAGGAGGAGAGAUCACGCCGAGAAGGCUUAGAAGAACACCAAAUAGAACAGGCUCGCAAGCUUCAGGACGCCGCAGAUACACUCCAGAGACUAGAGGCACAAAGACGGGCAGCCGAACAGGAUUUGUUGGAUGCAUCAGAUAAGCUACUGGUAGCUGAAAAAGAACGUACGAAGCUUGAACACAAAGUGAAGCUCUGGAAAACUCCGACAGUUGGAUUGGCCCGUCCCAUAGCGCCCAAAGUGGACAAACUGACCACACAUAGAGGACUGGGCGCAUUUUGUGGUGAAGACUUUAUAAAGCCCUUAAAUACCCAAACUAGUGUCGUCGGAGCCGGAAGUGGUGGUAAUGAGUAUGUAAAACCAGAACUCGUCACUGGCGAUACCAAGGAGGAAAGUGCCCCAAUGACACCUACAGAAGUAGGUACAAACUCUGGACCGGUUAAUGGAAUAAAUAGUUCACAAGACAAAACCAAUGAUGUUAGUGUUCAACAAGCUGGACAAAAGGAGGUAAAAUCGACAGAUCUGGAUUCGCUUAAUACAACGGAAAAUAGCGAGGAUUCAUUUCCAGAGCUUGUCGAUAACAACGUUGGUUACCAGUGAUACUUGGAACAGUCGGUAAAGAGAACAACACUGGUGUCACAGUGCUAGUCGUGCCUAAAAUAGCUUUGUUUUGUUUUCGUCAGAGUUUCUUACACAUAUAUUGAACCCGUAUAAAAUAUGGAUGGUACUAAAUCUUUGGAGAUGAUUUAAACUUUGUUCAGUCAUUUAACGGAAACGUUUUACCUUCAUAUAUUCCGUAGCCUGAUGGACGUUGUGGCGCCACAUACCUAGCAACCAGCUCCUUUCAUUCUCACAUAGAUAUUCAUAAUGCAUCCUUAUUGUUACAUCUCGCUUCACACCCGUCCAUUUUGCUAUGUCGUUUUCCAAUUUCUUUUGGGCAAGCCCUGAAGAUUCUGUCGCGUCACCUUAUCACAAUUUGCGCCGUUUUACAAUGGCCAAUAGGUCUUCGGAGGCCCCCCAAUUGCUCGUUUAAUUCUUUUUAUCAUCUCCUCAUUGGAGAUACGGUCUCUUAGUUGAAGAAGCUUCCCGACACCUAUCUCUCAUUCUUUACCAAUAUGUCUAAAAAUGUUUAUAAUCCUGUAUUUGCCAGUUGUCUAUUAUCAAUAAAAAAGAACAUGAAAAUUAAAACCAAAUACAUGUAUGUAUAUAUUCUUAUAUUGUUUUAAGCAUAUUGAUUUAAUUCUGUUUCAUCUCGGUCUUCUUUACGCUUGGCCAAAAGUAAUGAAUAAUUACCCUAACUUGAAAUAAAUAUGUCACGUCAAAGUGUGUAUAUAUAGCAAACACCUAGCUCUCUGUGAUGGAAUAUUUUCUUUAAUUUGGGAUCAUAUAUGGAAAUACGCAUUAAGCUGUAUCUCGUUAUGGGAGAUAUAAACGCCAAAUGCAUUACCUAACGAAGUCUUAAAAGGGGCAAACAGGGAGUAAUUGACAGUUUACUGUAGCGCUGACUUUUGCUAAUUUUAAAGUACGUUUAAUUUACCAUAUUUACAUUUUUGCUUCGCUCCACCUCAACUAGUAAUACCAGAUUACUUCAUUUCCCGACGGUAUCAAAUAUGAUGAAAAACUGUUUUGUUUCCCAAAAAUACAGAUUUUUUUUUUACAUAACCAUUAAAGCUAAAACAUAUAUGAAAAAGAAUUCACAAACACCAGAAAACCUUUUUGUUUUGAAAUUAUAAUGUAAAAUUUAUUGAUAUAAGUUUGGUAUCUAUGCUAGCCUGCCAUAAAGUAAUCCAAGUGACAUCCAACAAAUGAAAAUAAAUAUACAAGAAUUACAUAAACUCAUAUUUUUUCACUUUUAUUAAUCCAGAUCAACGUCUGUACCUACUACUUUGUCUUCAUUGACUAGACAUUAUUUAAACAAAGUAAACCAAUCCAAUGCCAUUUUCUUGGAAUUAAUACAGGAACAAUAUUAUUUUUCAGAUGAUUUUGACUCUUCACAAUCAUGCACGUAUCAAAUUUGUACAAUUGCAACAGUCAGAUAAUGUCAGAUUCCAUACAUUUUGCACUACACUGUAACAUUUGUAUGUCUUUCAAUAUGUUGCUAUAGACUACAUACCUAUUUGUACAACUUUGUGAAAGUUAUGAUACUAAAUUGAAUGCAUAACCGAUUUGUAAACAAAUGCCCUGCAUUUUGAAAUAAAAAUGAUAUGAAUACA